CACAAGAAGCAGGAAAAAAGAAACGAAACUUAAAACUGGACUUUCCGUUUCUCCUGCAGGGAUUCACUCACAUCACUUUCAUGAGCUUCAGUCACUGUGGACUGCAAAGAGCUGCUGGUCACAGACUAAACUCUCUGACCAAAUUCUUUUUUAGCAGUUAUUUCUUUUCAGCAGACACCAUGAACACUCUGAACCAGCAGUAUGAGGAGAAGGUUCGUCCCUGCAUCGACCUCAUCGACUCUCUCCGCUCUCUGGGUGUAGAGAAGGACUUGGCGCUGCCUGCUAUCGCCGUAAUCGGAGACCAAAGCUCGGGGAAGAGCUCCGUGCUGGAGGCGCUGUCGGGGGUGGCUCUGCCCAGAGGAAGCGGCAUUGUGACACGAUGUCCUCUGGAACUGAAGAUGAAGCGGAAGGAGGUAGGAGAGAAGUGGUUCGGAAAGAUAAGCUACAGGAAUUGUGUGGAAGAGAUAAAAAAGCCCGCGAAUGUGGAGGAAAAGAUUCGAGAAGCUCAAGAUAAAAUGGCCGGGGUCGGGGUGGGGAUCAGUGAUGAACUCAUCAGUCUGGAGAUCGCCUCCCCUGAUGUUCCAGAUCUGACGCUCAUUGACCUGCCCGGCAUCGCCAGGGUAGCCAUGAAGGGACAACCAGAGGACAUUGGUGAUCAGAUAAAGUCACUGAUCCAGAAAUUCAUCAAAAAACAAGAGACCAUCAGCUUGGUGGUUGUUCCAUGCAAUGUGGACAUAGCAACCACAGAGGCUUUGAAGAUGGCGCAGCAGGUGGAUCGUGAUGGAGAGAGGACUCUGGGUAUCUUGACCAAGCCCGACCUGGUGGACAAAGGCACAGAGGAGACCGUGAUCGAAAUUGUCCAUAAUGAGGCCAUUCACCUGAAGAAGGGCUACAUGAUCGUCAAGUGCCGGGGUCAGAUGGAGAUCUCAGAGAAGGUUUCUCUAACUAAAGCAAUAGAACGAGAAAAAGCUUUCUUCAAGGAUCAUGCAUAUUUCCAGAUUCUCUAUGAUGAAGGCCAUGCCACUGUCCCCAAACUGGCAGAAAAACUCACCCUUGAACUGGUACAUCACAUCCAGAAAUCUCUGCCUCGACUGGAAGACCAAAUAAAGAAGAAACUAAAACAGACACAGGUGACGCUGACCAGAUAUGGCAAUGGACCCCCAUCGGAUGCAACAGAGAGGCUUGGUUUCCUCAUUGAUAGAGUGACGACAUUUACACAGGAUGCUAUUAAUCUCAUCAAAGGAGAGCAGCUUAAAUGUGGAAUCACGUCCAGUACCUUCUACAUACUCAGAUAUCAGUUUGCAGAAUGGAAGACAACAGUAGAGGAAUCUGCAACAACAUUCAGCACUAAUAUUGAGAAACAGGUGGCUCAGUAUGAGCGAAAGUACCGCGGAAGAGAACUACCGGGCUUCGUCAACUACAAGACCUUUGAAACCAUUGUCCAGGAGCAUAUCAAACAACUGGAAGAGCCUGCCAUCCUGAAACUCAAGGAGGUGUCAGAAAUUGUGAAGAAAGAGCUGUCUGAGUUGGCAGAGCAAAGCUUGGUUGGUUUUCCUAACCUCAUCAAAAUGGCUAAGAUGAAGAUUGAAUCCAGCAUAAAUGAGAAAGAAGCUGUGGCAGAGUCCAUGCUGAGGACUCAGUUUCAGAUGGAGAUGAUCAUUUACACUCAGGACACCACCUACAGCAAGAAGUUGGGGAAGCGUAAAAGGGUAGAAGAGCAGAAUAACGCGCAGAAGAAAUCUACACAUCACUUGGGAUUCGGCCUCGUAAUUGUUAACAAUGACGACAGUGGGGCCUCCCUGAAAGAGAUGAUGAAUCACCUUAAAUCCUAUUUUCAAAUUGCUGGCCGACGUCUGGCCGACCAGAUCCCUCUGGUGAUCCGCUACCAGAUCCUGCAGGAGUCUGCCACCCAGCUGCAGAGGGAGAUGCUGCAGAUGCCUCAGGACAAGGAGAAAAUGGAGUCUCUGCUUCAAGAGGACUGUGGCAUAAAAGCAAAGAGAACCCACCUUGAGAAUCGCCUUCAGCGCCUGACAAAGGCUCGCAUUCUGCUGACUGAAUUUAGCAUGAACAUAUUCAACUUCAGCACCACACAAAUGCAAAUGCAGUGCCAAGCUUAAAAGCAGAUUUCUAACAUUUAAGAAGUUAGAUUGUUUUGUUAUAGUAUUAUGCAUCGACUAAGAGACAAACUUGUGGCAACAUCACAGUCCUUUAAACUUUUCCUUCAGUGGCGAUUCAAAGACAUGUUUCAUAAUUAUUUCCAGACUGUUACUCCACUUUCAUUUCUCAGCUGUUUUUUUUUUUUUUUUUUUUUUUUUUACUAUGUUUUGCUUAUGAUGUUGAAACAACAAUACUUUUAUGUUUUUUCCACAGCCAGCUGAUGGGGUUAGCAUUCGUUCCUCACUCUACUUAUUCACACACGUUAAAAGGCUUCUGUGCUGAAAACACUGAAGGGAAAUGAAUGUUUGUGCAUGACACUGUGUCUGGCUUCUAAAGGAUUUUCCUUUACUCUGAAGUUACCUGACAGCACAACAUAGCAUGUAAAAAGUGGCAAAAUGCAGAGAAAAAUAUCAUUUAGCUCCUGAUGAAGAGACUGAUUUUUUUUGUAAGUUGUCAUAUCUGUACAGUUAACUGAAAAUGGGGGUCUGAAAAUCUGCCAAAUGCCAGAAAUGUUUUUUCUUUUUUUGUGUAUAAGAAACUCUUAUGGCAGAAAACAUAUAGCGCUAAAAAAAAAAACAUAAACAGUCCAUUGUUGUUUGUUUUUUUGUUUGUUUGUUUAGUGCAAGACAAAUAGUAUCUCAUGCACUCCAGAAACUUUUUGUUUGUACAUGCACUCUUUGUGUUGCAUGAAACAGGUGGCCUGUUCACCUUCAGUUCUAAUAAAUAAAUACUUCAAAUACAAUAAAACAUAAAUAAGA